CGCCAACGAUGCAACUACCGAGAACAUUAACUGGACAGAGAACAAGACACUCCUAAGUCCUAAAGCCCAUACCUCAUUCAAUGUGGGCCGAACAAGGAGAACGAGCCGGUUGCGACCCGAAAAUACUCCCACCUCUGACCCGAGUUGAUUUGUCAGCUGACCUCCGGCGUCUAAACCCCUAAGCUAAGCGCCAUUCUUUUCCGAGCUCCCCCUCCUUCCUCCGUAAAACCCCAUCUCCGAUCCACCAGCUGAAACCGACGCGACAAAAUAGAAGAACCAAUUCACCAGACGUGAAGAGCACAAAGAUGGUGAGCAAACCAUGGAGGAUAAUCCCGCGGCCAUUGCUGGAAACAAUCCUGAACAACCACGCUCAGCACCACCGAGUUCAGCAGCCUCUCAUCCUACACGGCCCUCGCGGCGUCGGCAAAACCACCCUCAUCAUUGACCGUCUAUUGAACGAUUGGAACAAAGGUCCCCACGUCACCGGCUAUGUAGAUUUCGCUGAAUCUGUGAAGGAUCAUCACCCAAAGCACGGAAAUUCUUUUCCAUGGGGUUCGUGGUCAACCUGCAACCCGCCGGUUGUCGCCGAUUGCGCGACCCAGUUGGAGAGUUGCCUUGAAUCCAUGGCCCAGAAAGCGAUUCAGCUCGGCAGCAUUUCCUCCACUCAAAUCUUCUCCAUUGUCAGCAAAUGGCACCUUCCUGACACCGCGCUUCGCCGGAUUAUAGUCCAGAAUAGCGCCGGCGUUGCUUCCAAAUCGAAAAAUGCAGUUUCUGAAAAGGUUUUCGGGUCAGUUCUAUGGGACCGGGCAGUGUUCGCGCUAAGUGCUCGAUCAAAUGCAAGGGAGAUGGAUAAAUUAUUGAACUUGGGAGAGAAGGGGAAGAGAAAGUUGUCUGUUGAUGAGACUUCUUACUACAGGGAAGCCUUGGUUGCGCUGAGAUUGGCGAAGGAGGUUAUUAGGGCGAUGCAGAGUUCGAGAGGUAAUGCCAUUGCUCAAUUGAAUCGGACUGGUGGGUUCUCUAGGUCGCUGGCGAAUUCUUGCACGGAUUGGCCAUGUUUGUUGCUUGAGUUGUUGUCACAAGCUGCCGAGAUUGAUUACUUUCAGCCGAAGCUGGUGAUAAACAAUAUCGAGGUGCUGAAAAAUGCUUUGUUAAAUGAUGAUAAGAUGGUGUCUGGAUCAAUGUAUCAUGACAGUCUGAUAUGGAGAAUCAUUGCUUUGGGUGCCAAUGAGAAGUGUCUUCCCGUUAUGCUUGUGACUUCUGAUAGCUACUAUUCUUACAGGGCUUUCAUGGAUUUCGGUUUUCCAGAUAUAUUUAUCUCUAGAGAGACCUUUGGUUGGACUCCAAUGGAGGCUGAAUUGCACAUGAUUGCAGACUACUUCAGUCAAUCAGAGUGGAAAGUGAUAGUUGAAGUGCUUGGGCCAAGCCCUAGGCAUCUUUUUGAACUUUAUGCACUCAAGCAAAGCAGCUAUUACCAGAAGUAAGAACAUGGUACUGGAGGACAAGGAUAACACAUUCGAGGAUAUCAUUGAUGCAUAUUUAGCUUAUCUACAGAUAAUUGUUGUAAAUCCUGCAAUGGAUAAAGCCAUUGCGAUCCUCCAGAAGUUUGCCGAGGAUGCAAGAAAGGGAAAAAUUCCAAAAGAUAAGCUGCGAUUUGGCUCUUCUUGGAGGCAUCCUCCUCAAAGAGAUGAUCCUAUUCGGUCCUCCAAUUGGGCCAAGCUUCAACUCAUGGAUUUUAUCCAGACGUUAGCAAACACUGAAUUUGGGGUUAAUUAUCUAGCUGAUUGUAGCUUGGAGAUUCUGGAUGAUCCAUGCACAGGGGCAUUGAUUGAGGUUGGCUUGUUAUACGCUCAGCGUGAACCAUCCUUCAUUCGACCCAUAUCUAGAGGAAUUCAACGGUGUCUAGCAAGAUGGCUUGUGAAGGAGAAGAUGCAAAUGGAUUUCGGGUCCUCGUUCCAGUUCUUGUGGCAACGGUUAAUACGUGGUCGUAGCUAUCGCCAUCUGAUGCUAGAAGUGGGUUAUAGUAAAUUUUAAAAUUGACGGUAUGUCGUCUCUCUAAACUCUAGGUAGACUUGCCAAGAUGAGCGAUAUUAACAAACUUUACAUUCUAUCAUCCAAGGAGAUAAUUAGUCUACCGAAAGGCUUCUAGUCUGAUGGUAGCAAGGCAGCAUUGCGUCACCCUUGGUGGACUCCCUGCUUGUUUCCAUUCUCCCCUUAAUAUUGCAGUUGUAGUUGUUGACUCUAUCUAAUGCAAGCUGAUUUAAGUUAAAACUGUUUUUUCACAGGACGUGCUGACUUGCAAUGCUUGAAGUUAAAUUGAGUUGCUUAAAUUAGUUGCAGUUGUAAAGACUUGUUUGUGAAGUGCCAAUUGCACCACAAAAGAUCAAGGUUCAAGUCCAGAGAGGUGUUGACGUCCAGUUGACCUCGUACAAAACAGAAUGUGGCCAGAUUUUGCAGCUGUCGGUAAAAGCGCCCAAGGCCCAGUUUGAGGGAGGAAGGUGCCGAUUUCUGUAAGUUCUGCGUGCAUUUUAUCUAUUCGUACUGAUCUGAGUUAUCAUGUAACAAAUUCAAUUGCGUUAGACUUCUACAGGAUACUCUCUGAUUAGUGAAAUUCCUCUUGUAGGCUGCUUAGCAUCAACUCCUUGGCGUGGAAUAACACGAAGAGUGGGCUUUCGUGCUUCGACUUUUAAUUCUGUCUUUGGUAAAGAUACAUUUGAUCACUGGCUCCCAUAAAUUGACAGUAGGCCCCCAAUCGAAUAAUUGUUCAUAAGGUUUAACAGUAAACAAAAGAUUCAUUACCAUGUACUUUAUUAGUGUUGUAUUCUACUCGAAAUUGGGAAAAGGAAAGAUCCAUACUCUUCACAUACUGAUUGUUAUAGUAAUCAUAUACAAAAUAUACGGC